AUGACGAUUGAAGAAGCCAACAAUGCUGUCUAUAAUGAUAAGCAAGGUAAUAUAAAGAUAGAGACUUCUGACUUUCUCGACAAUGCUACUUCCAAAGCUAUUCAAGUUAAAGAAAAUCAGAAGAAGAAGAAGAAAGGUAAAGGGAAAAAAACACCUCCAAGUCCUGAGGAGAUUGCUAGAAUUCGUGAAGAAAGAGCUGUUCAACGGAAGACCAGGGAGGAAGCUCUACUUACGCAAGAGCUGGAUAUCAACUGUCCUCCCGAACUACAGUUUAUUAGACGUCCAAUACUGGAACUUCAUAAAGGUGAACCAGAGUCAGGUUUCACUUUUAGUUUGAUGACAUACAAUUGUUUGGCUCAAGCGCUUAUUAGAAGAAAAUUAUUUCCUGAUAGUGGAGAUGCGUUGAAGUGGUUCAGAAGAUCAAAAGUUCUACUGUACGAAUUUAUGCAUUAUAACGCUGAUGUAAUUUCUUUACAGGAAGUAGACCAUAUCCAGUACCAAAGUUUCUGGAAGAAAGAAUUUGGUAAACUUGGUUAUGAAAGUCAAUUUCAUCGUAAGGGUUCUAAGAAUCAUGGUAUCGCCAUUGUAUGGAAACGUGAAUUAUUUACCAUGACAGAUAAAAUGUUUAUUGACUACGAUAAAGAGGCAUCUGGUAACAUACCACCUCGCACCACAACGAAUAAUGCAGGCCUAAUAUUAGCACUUAAGUUUAGCGACAAAGUACUGAAGAAGUUCCCUGAAACCACAAAAUCAGGGAUCCUUAUAGGUACAACGCAUCUGUUCUGGCAUCCAUUCGGUACAUACGAGAGGACAAGGCAAUGUUACGUAGUUUUAAACAAGGUGAAAGAAUUUCUACAUAGGGUCAAUGUUUUACAGAAUAAUAAUGAUGGUCAGACAGAUCAUUGGAUCCCAUUUUUCUGUGGUGACUUCAACUCCCAACCUUUUGAUACACCUUAUCUUUCAAUGACAUCAAAACCUGUAAAAUACACUGGAAGAGCCAAAACGGUUAUAGAAUGUAGCACAUCAUUCAAAUUCUCUAAAUUGAGAGAAGGAGAAAGUGAUACUGAAGAAGAAGGAGGGAAUAUUGAGAAAUUUGGUAAGGACCAACCGCAGACUCCCGUUCCGUCGUCGUUUGACGCUACACCAGAACAGUCUGAACUAGUUAAAAAUAUGGAACAAUUACACAACUCACUAGACAUGAGAGCUAUAUCAUUAUACGCAACUGGAUAUAAAAUGGUUCACCAAGAGAAUGCUGGGUUAGAUAAUUCAAGAGGGGAACCAGAGAUAUCAAAUUGGGCUCAUACAUGGAAUGGGUUAUUAGACUACCUAUUUUACAUAGAUUCUUGGGAUUUUUCUGAUAAGAGGAAUGCUGAGACAAUCGCAGACGUCGAGGCUAACCAUCCAAUUAAGAUCAAAGGGCUUUUACGGAUGCCUCCAAAGUCAGAAAUGGAGAAAUUUGGUCAUGGACAACCUCAUACAGGGGAAUAUGCAAGUGAUCAUUUAUGUAUGCUAUGUAACGUCGAAAUACUUCUUUAA